UCAACUGUGAUCGUUAAAACGUUAGUGUGAAAAUAACCUUUGAUAGUUCAGACACGACACAUAAUAGUUGGCUGCUAAAGAAUAAUUGCGGCCAAGCCACUAAUACCCAAACUCAAAGCCAUAGCCAUGGCCACCCUAAUUUCAGUUUAGGAACGUUUCAUAUCCAACUUUCACUUUCACUUUCACUUUCACUUCCACAUCUAAUUCCUGUUCAAUUUUCUAUCCCUACUCGUUUAUUCUAUUGGCAACGGGAAGAAGAUGGGGUUGUGAUUUGUAAUUGGAGAACUGUGUGAAGUGGAGGAGGGAGGACACUUUCCACGGCCACAAUGCGGUGGUUUCCGUUGAGUACUACCUCAAACUCGGAAAGAGAACGGAAUAGAGAGAACACUAGUCGUACUUCGGUGUAUCUCAAUGUAUAUGAUCUUACUCCCAUAAACAAUUACCUUUACAUGUUUGGCCUUGGAAUUUUUCAUUCGGGUAUACAAGUGCAUGACAUUGAAUAUGGCUUUGGAGCACAUGAAUAUCCAAGUAGUGGUGUGUUUGAGGUGGAACCUAGAAGCUGCCCUGGCUUCAUCUUUCGACGAUCAGUGUUGUUGGGCAGCACUGAUAUGUCUAACUCAGAAUUUCGAGCUUUCAUAGAGCACUUGUCUGCAAAAUAUCAUGGAGACACUUAUCAUCUUAUUGCCAAAAACUGCAACCAUUUUACGGAUGAAGUUUGCCAGCAUCUAACAGGAAGUCCUAUACCUGGAUGGGUAAAUCGGAUGGCUCGUGUAGGUUCUUUCUGCAAUUGUCUUCUGCCAGAAAGCCUCCAGGUUGCUGCAGUUAGACAUCUCCCUGAACGUCUUGCAUUUGAUGAUGAUGAUGGAUCAGCAUCUGAUGGUCUUUCUGCAUCCCUGGAGGGUGAAGAGGAUGAGUCCAAUCACCAUUUACUAACUGGACCAAAUGGUGAUGUUGCCUUUCUAAAGGAGAAACCAGUUAGGCUGGCGCGGGAGCACCUAUGAUAUUAAUUGGUUUACCUUCUGUUUUGUAUUCUUUCUUUGUUCUCUUGGCUUGUACCUAUCUAUGAUCCUAGAUUUGAGUGCAACGAGUUUCUCAACUGUAAUAUUUAAGACUCAAAAUGCAUGCUUUGUAGAACAAAGACGAUAAACUGUUGUAUAAUGUCCUGUAAGUGUCAAAAUGGACUGGUUGUUCUGUAGAGGCUAUUAGGAGUACAAAGAAAAUCUGAUUGAAUUAUUCCUUUGCCAAUCCAUCCUUUUUGUCCCUCUCGUGGCUACCACUAAGUGUCCACAAUGUUGUAGUAACGCACAAAAUGACAAAUUCAUGUAAAUCUUCUGUUUGCACUUUUUAUGAAUAAUAAAUAUCAUGAGUUGUGAUUUGGUCCUGCAUCA